CGCAGCUCCGCCCCUUGACGCUGACGCAGUGUGUGUAGCCGUCGGUCACGUCGGCAUGACAAAAAGAAACAAAACAAUUAAACAGAGCCGAUUUUGGUGGUAACAGGGGGAGAAAACACACCUUCAGCACUCUUCAUCAUUGUUUUCCCAGGCAGCGCGAUGCCACGACGUGCCUGCUUCGCUGCUUGUAACGUAGGGUGAAGAGAAGAAGCUAGCUGGUUUGCUAGCUCAAUUUAGCCACAUCUGACAGCCAACGUCAAUAGCCUUUAGCUAACUUGUUACUUCCCUUUGAAUAAGACGAAGCAAUCAUGACACAGAAAGUCAAUCUCUGUACAGUCUCCUUUGGAGUGGAGGGUAUGACUUGUGGCUCCUGCGUCCAGUCCAUUGAGCAGCGCAUCGGCUCUCUCCCUGGAGUCAUGCACAUAAAGGUGUCUUUAGAGCAGAAGAUUGCCACAAUCAUAUUUGACCACAGCCAGCAGAGCCCAGAGUCUCUUUCAGAGGCGGUCGAGGACAUGGGCUUUGAAUCAAGUCUAUCAGAGUCAAGCACAGCCACACAUGUCUCUACAGACACCAAGCUGAUCCCCACUUCAGGCCUAACACCUGCAGCCCAACAGGAGGCUUUGGAGAAGUUAUCCCAGAUUCAAGGAGUGCUGGAUGUCAGAGAGAGCCCGGCCCAGAUGGGUCUCUCUGUCACAUUUAUUCCUUCCCUGACUUCUUCGCAGCAGCUGAGCGAGGUGGUAGUUAGCUUAAUGCCUCUGGACAUCCCCACACUCAGCAGCCCCACGCAUAAAGCCACCAGCUUGUCCCCAUCUCACACCGCAGGAGACGGGGUGUCGCUCCUGAAGUUGCGCAUUGAAGGAAUGACCUGUCACUCCUGCACUACCACUAUUGAAGGGAAGAUUGGAAAACUGAAAGGGAUUGAAAAGAUCAAAGUUGUUUUAGAGACUCAGGAAGCUGCAAUAGUGUACCUGCCUUACCUCAUCACAGUCCAAACCAUCAUCGACCAGAUUGCUGUGGCUGGCUUCAAGGCGUCUGUCAAGUCCAAGCCUCGGCCUCUGCAGCUGUCUCCCAGUGAGAUCGAACGUUUUGUUGAUUCUCAAAAAUCAACCAUUUCUUCACCAUCAGAGACAUCAGAUGAGACAGAAAUCUUCAUUGACACAACACUUAUCAUGCUCAGGGUGAAAGGCAUGCACUGCCGGUCAUGUGUGGUCAACAUCCAAGACAAUAUCUCUAAGCUGCCUGGGGUCUCCUCUGUAGAGGUCUCCCUGGAGGAGGAGAAGGCCUCCAUCUGCUACGAUCCUCUGAAGGUUACAGUUGCUCAGUUGCAGCAGGCAAUUGAGGCACUGCCUCCAGGAAAUUUCAAGACUCAAUCCUGGGACUCCUCUUCCCCAUUUAAUGCUGUUACCCCAUCGGCCACACCUGCCUUACUGUCGCUUCGGCCUGCAGGAGCAUCUCAGACCAAACUGGCUGCCUCACAGCCUUGUUUUAUGCAGCCCCUGGCAUCUGAAGCUAAUAUUCACAUUGAGGGCAUGACAUGCAACUCUUGUGUCGAGUCCAUCGAAGGCAUGAUAUCUCAGAGGAAGGGGGUGAUGUCUGCUCAUGUUUCUCUUGCUGAUCACAAGGGGAUGUUUGAGUAUGAUCCCCUCCUGACUUCACCAGAGGAGCUGAGGGAGGCCAUAGAAGACAUGGGUUUUGAUGCCUUCCUACCCGAGACCAAUUCUUUGCUGCCUGAACCAGAUCGCAGUCUCUCCAAGUCUUCGAGUCUGGCACCUGUGAAACACAAGGAGCUGGACAGUGAACUGCACAGGGAAACACCCCAGGGGUGCAACGGAGAGAUGUACUCUAAAUGCUACAUCCAGAUUGGAGGGAUGACCUGUGCGUCCUGUGUGGCAAACAUCGAACGGAACCUCAAGAAUGAAACUGGUAUCUACUCUGUUCUGGUAGCACUAAUGGCCAGUAAAGCAGAGGUGCGUUACAACCCUGAGCUCAUCGACCCUGUUAAGAUAGCUGAGUGUGUGAAAGAGCUGGGCUUCACCGCCUCCGUCAUGGAGAACUAUGAAGGUUCAGAUGGAAACCUGGAACUAGUGGUCAGGGGAAUGACGUGUGCCUCUUGUGUUCACAAAAUUGAAUCCAGCCUCAUGAGAGAAAAGGGUAUUAUAUAUGCCUCUGUUGCCUUGGCAACUAACAAAGCACACAUUAAGUUUGACUCUGAAAUUAUCGGGCCACGAGACAUCAUCAAGCUGAUUGAGAAUCUGGGAUUUGAAGCAUCUUUGGUGAAAAGAGACCGCACUGCCAGUCACUUGGACCACAGCAAAGAGAUACGACAGUGGAGGAAAUCUUUCCUGGUGAGCUUGAUUUUUUGCGUGCCUGUGAUGGGCAUGAUGACCUACAUGAUUAUCAUGGACCACCAAAUGAGUGUUUCACAUCAACACAAUACCACAGUGGAGGACCGCAACCAGUACCACUCCACCAUGUUUCUGGAGAGACAGCUUCUCCCAGGCCUCUCCAUCAUGAACCUCCUGUCCUUCCUCUUUUGUGUGCCUGUACAGUUUAUUGGAGGUCGCUACUUCUACAUUCAAGCCUACAAAGCGCUCAAACACCGAUCUGCCAACAUGGAUGUGCUAAUUGUUCUGGCAACCUCCAUAGCCUUCACCUACUCGCUGAUUGUCCUGAUAGUGGCUAUGGUGGAGAAGGCAAAAGUCAACCCCAUCACCUUCUUUGAUACACCGCCGAUGCUCUUUGUCUUCAUCUCCUUGGGACGCUGGCUGGAGCAGAUAGCCAAGAGCAAGACAUCUGAGGCUUUGUCCAAGCUGAUGUCUCUACAAGCAACAGAGGCCACAGUGGUCACUCUCGGCAGCGACAAGUCCAUUCUCAGCGAGGAGCAGGUCGAUGUUGAGCUGGUGCAGAGGGGCGAUGUGGUGAAAGUCGUUCCUGGAGGGAAGUUUCCAGUAGAUGGGAGGGUCAUCGAGGGGCACUCCAUGGCCGACGAGUCUCUCAUCACAGGCGAGGCCAUGCCAGUGACUAAGAAGCCCGGCAGCUCUGUGAUCGCAGGCUCCAUUAACCAGAAUGGCUCUCUGCUUGUCAGUGCUACACAUGUUGGCAUGGACACCACGCUGUCUCAGAUUGUCAAACUCGUGGAGGAGGCUCAGACUUCAAAGGCUCCCAUCCAGCAGUAUGCAGAUAAGAUCAGCGGCUACUUUGUGCCCUUCAUUGUUGGCAUAUCCCUCCUUACGCUGAUUGCCUGGAUCAUCAUCGGGUUUUUAGACUUCUCGCUGGUGCAGAUGUAUUUUCCUGGUUACAACAAGAGCAUUUCCAGGGCAGAGGCAGUGAUUCGCUUCGCCUUCCAGGCCUCGAUAACAGUGUUAUGCAUCGCCUGUCCUUGUUCUCUUGGCCUGGCAACCCCGACAGCUGUCAUGGUAGGCACAGGGGUUGGAGCCCAAAAUGGCAUCCUGAUAAAGGGAGGAGAACCACUCGAGAUGGCACAUAAGGUCCAGUCGGUGGUGUUUGAUAAGACUGGGACCAUCACAUAUGGAGCUCCGAAAGUAAUCCAACUCAAGAUAGUUGUGGAGGGAAACAAGAUGCCUCGUUCUCGACUGCUGGCAAUCGUGGGUACAGCUGAGAACAACAGUGAACACCCUCUGGGAGCAGCUAUCACCAAAUACUGCAAACAGGAGCUUGGCACAGAGUCUCUCGGCUCAUGCACAGACUUUCAGGCGGUGCCGGGCUGCGGCAUCCGAUGUCAGGUCAGCAACACAGAGACGCUGCUGAAACAGGCGGACAGUGACAGUGAGGAUAACAACCAGCGCAACAGCGUCCUCGUCCAGAUCAGUGACACCCGGAUGUCCACCAGCUCCCAUCCACUCAUCAUGGACCCACAGCCUCUAAGCCUUGUCCAGUCAGCAAACUACGUCGUCCUGAUUGGGAACAGAGAGUGGAUGAGGAGGAAUUGCCUGCAGGUCAGAACAGAUAUAGAUGAGGCCAUGACAGACCAUGAGCGCAGAGGACGCACUGCCGUCCUGGUAGCUGUAGAUGAUGUGCUGUGUGCGAUGAUAGCCAUCGCAGACACCGUGAAACCGGAGGCUGAGCUGGCAGUUCACACUCUGACUAACAUGGGUCUGGAAGUUGUGCUGAUGACCGGAGACAACAACAAGACAGCUCGAGCCAUUGCUGCUCAGGUGGGUAUCAGGAAGGUGUUUGCGGAGGUGCUGCCCUCCCACAAGGUAGCCAAAGUGGAGCAGCUGCAGCAGGCAGGAAAGAGGGUCGCCAUGGUGGGUGACGGUGUCAACGACUCACCCGCCCUGGCCAUGGCUGACGUGGGCAUUGCCAUAGGAACUGGGACGGAUGUGGCCAUAGAAGCUGCAGAUGUGGUGUUGAUCAGGAAUGACCUCCUGGAUGUGGUCGGCAGCAUCGACCUCUCUAAAAAGACGGUCAAGAGGAUCAGGAUCAACUUUGUAUUUGCGCUCAUCUACAACCUGGUUGGCAUUCCUAUAGCUGCUGGUGUAUUCCUUCCCGUGGGUCUGGUGUUGCAGCCGUGGAUGGGCUCUGCUGCGAUGGCACUGUCCUCUGUCUCUGUGGUUCUGUCCUCCCUUUUACUCAAAUGUUACACAAAGCCCACUGCUGAGAAGUUGGAGGCCAGACUGGGUAACAACAGGCGGCAAGGCAGCCUCUCCGAUGUCAGUGUCCACAUUGGCAUGGGCGAGAUGCGUCGUCCCUCCCCCAAACUCAGCCUCCUGGACCGUAUUGUCAACUACAGCCGUGCCUCAAUCAACUCCCUGCGCUCUGACAAGCACUCGCUCAACAGCUUGGUGCUCAGUGAGCCUGACAAACACUCGCUGCUGGUGGGGGAGUCGCUGUGUGAAGAAGAGUUUUGCUGAAUACGUAAGGCUCACGUGGUCCAGCAACCACUUUUGUAUACUGAAGUAGACAGUAACUGCGUUUAUUGAAGGCUGGGCCGUGCUAAGCUGAAAGGUUAACCCUUUGAGUAAUGGCCCAUCCAUCUGCUGUAGGUGCCUCGGGGCAGCACUGUCGACUUGAAGAAAGCUCACAUGGCCCUUCUUUUCUCUUAGCUCGGCCAGCUGAUCACAUGCACUUGAGAGCACGCUGGGAUGAUUUCCUCUCUUUUCAGUUACAGACUAUCUUUUGUUGAGGUCACUGCCCUCUGGCACACUCUUUGGCCUACCCUGUGAUCCUCUAUGUGCCGGGGCAUGAAGCAUUUUCAGAGCCUUGAAGAAGGUGUCCACAUCCAGGAAAGCAGAGUGACGAUCAGAUCUCUGCCACUGUGGUCAUUCGCCAGUACAAUCUUUAACAUCUAUCCAAAGACAUUUUAACAGCGUUGCCCCUCAUAAACGUGGACACUACAGAGUUAUAUUUAAAACGAUUUUCCUGAAAUGGAAAAUUUUAAUAGCACUGUUAUAUAAUUAUAUUCCAGAGUAUUUAUAUCACCCUUAUUUAUCUUGUUUUUGAUUAUAUCUAAUGUGAAAAAUGAAGUUGUUGAAUUGAAAUCCAAAUUACUGAGCAAGGUGAGGCAGAAAAACUCACUCAAGUCUUUGAACUUGCGGCAAACUGAUUUUUGUGCAGAGAGUUGUAAAUGUUGGUGUUACAUAAGUGCCAAUCGAAAUGCCACCUUGGCAUAGUCCAACACAUUCCAAAGAUAGCACUGUACAAAUGUUACCUUGGACUUCAUGCGCACCAAGUGUGAACACAGAGAAGGUCAACGACUCAAAACAGACCUGAAGAAGGUCGAUUGUGAAAGGAGACGCCAACUAUGGACUAUAGUUGUGUCGACCCUCUGCAUCUUUUUUUUCAUGGUACAAGUCGGUCAAUGAAUGUGAACGUUACUCGCUGUUAAAUAUAAUCAGAAGCUGUUACAUGGAUGACCUUGUCUGUUGUCCAGAGAAGAAGGUAUUGUGCUGUGAUGCAAUCUAUGAAAGGCCAAACUGUAAAGGCAUUCGUGUUGUAGUGUGUCUCUGUCAUUGCACCAAGCAAGAUGUUGUUACCGCUUAUCAGAAUUUCAUUCAUUGAUACAACUCUGUCAAUUUCUCUGCUUUUCAUAUGCCUCACACUGUUGCACUUGAUCAAAGAAACAUCUUUAAAACCCCAGGGAGCGGAGAACGCAGCAGGAUCAACAGCUGUUUCCCAGCAGUUGUGAUGAUGCUGAUGAAUUAACUAGCUUGUUUCAUUGGGAUCAAAUUGUUGUAAAUAACAUCCUGCAGCUCCUGUUAAACUGACGAUGCUUUACUUUCCGUCCUUCGAAAUUAUAACAAUGAUUAUUUUUGCAUAACUAUAUGCUGUGUCAAACCAGGAGAUGAUCACUACAGUCCAGCUACUCUUUGAAGUUUUCCGACGCUAUCUGGCAUUUCUUUCUGAUGAUGAAAAGAGUUUUUGCUUAGUACCGCCCCGUUCCCAUGAUGCAAAUGUUGUGUAGCCAUCGCAGCUUGCUGAGUGCAAUUAUGCCAACCUCUUGUUUUUUGUGUACUGCUUUGUAAAGACGUCCAUAGGGGUUCAGAUCUGUGUGCAGCCAAAUGAAGAAAGUCCAUGUUUGCAGUCUUUGAUCGUUCUUCUGAACAUUAUGUGCCUUGGAAUAAAAUGCCUUUGUAACGUCA